GCCAGGGCCGAGGGACGCCUCGGUGCUGUCCCAGUACCGCGGAGCAGGGAUGAGGACAUCGGCCUGAAGCCUCGGGACACCAGCUGUGACUCUCCUGUGCCUGUAGCUGGGAACAGCCAUGCCAGCCCAAAAGGACAGAUGGGUUUCUUCCUUGGUUUUCCUUCUCUUCUCCAUCCCACAAUGUGCAAGUGCCAGCCUGCAGCAGGAGCCAAGCCCCCAGCACUAUUUCAGUGGCUUGGAAGCUGGAAAAGCAUCCUUGGCUUUUUUCAGCCCCAGUGUUUCUCCUGGUGCCCAGCCCUUCCUGGAGCACAUUGAGAGCUCAGCUGAGGCCCUCCAGGACUAUGGUGUCUCUGUGGUGAAGGUGAAUUGUCCCAAGGAGGAUGUCUCAAGAUAUUGUGGAAAAGAAAAUGCAUUAAGGAAAGCCUUCCUGUUCAGAGGGAACCGGCUGAUCCGAGAGUUCCCCACCGACGCCCUGUUCGACGUCAACUCCAUCGUCGCCAACGUUCUGUUUGCCCUGCUCUUUAAUGAAGUUAAAUAUGUUGAAACACUGGCAGACCUUGAGAACAUUGAAAAUGUGUUGAAGGGGAAGUCCAACAUGGUCUUUGCCUAUGUACCAGCUACUGGGACAGCAGAGCACAGGGCUGUGAUGGAGGCAGCUUUUGUCUAUGGGACCAUCCACCAGUUUGUCCUGACAACUGAGGCAGCACUGCUGAAAGCCACCAGCCCUGAUGACCCCGAUGUCUCCUCUACCUGGCUCCUGUUCUGCCACUGCCAGCAGGUCACAGAGCCAGCCCAGGCCUGCAGGAGGACAGCCCUGGCACAGCCCCUGACCCUGCUCAACAUCCACAGGCACCUCAAGCUCAUGGGGGCUCCACUGGUGACAGAGGUGGCUGAGGACCCAGAGAAGAUCUCCACUGUUCACUUGCAGCUCGGGCUGCCCCUGGUGUUCAUCCUGAGCCAGAAGGAGACCUAUGAGGCUGACAGGAGGACAGCAGAGUUUGUGGCCUGGCAGCUCCUGGGGAAAGCAGGAGUUGCCCUUUUGUCCAGGGACCUCGUGGAGCUGAACGUUCUGCAGCGCUCAAACGUGGCCCUCAAGACACCAGAUGAGGGAAUGCCAAUCCAAUACCUGGUCUUGGAAGACACUGAUGAAGUUAUAACCCUGGUGGAAGAUAAGAACAAGGUGAAACCAAUCCAGGAGGAUGAGCAGGAGGAGGAGGAGGAAGAUGAGGAUGAGCAAGAGAAUAACAAUCAAGAUAUUCAGGAUGACCAGGUGGUGGAAGCAGUUUCCAGGGACAAGAAGAGGGAGCUGCCCCUGGAGCAGAUCCUUGUCCUGACAGAGGAGAACUUCCACUCUUCCCUCCCAGAGGCUGCCAGGACAGUGGUGCUGUUCUAUGCCAGCUGGGAAGCUGUGUCCCUGGCCGUGCUGCGCUCUUACUCCGAGGUGGCCGCUCGCCUGCAGGGAACCCCAGGGGUUUUGCUGUCCCGGGUGAACUGCUGGGACUGGCCUGGCCUCUGCUCCCAGGAGAAUGUCACCCAGUUCCCCACCCUGAGGAUUUACCAGCAGGGACAGCAGCCAGUGACAUAUGGUGGCAUGUGGGGAGCUGAAGAGCUGAGCAGCUUCAUCCUGCUGAGCCAAGUUCCCUGCCCACUGAAGCUGGCCACCAUGGAUGAAGCAGAAGGAUAUUUGAGAGGGGAAUUUCCAUCUGAGCUCCCAUCCCACCACCACCCCUCCCUCCUGGGAGUGUUUAGCUCAGCCACCAGCAAAGCCAGGGAGGCUUUUGAAGAGGCAGGAAACAUCCUAAGUGGCCACGUAAGGAUGGGGAUGUAUUUUGAAGAUGAUGCCUUGGCUUUAUCCCAGAAAUAUUCCGUGUCCCCCCCUGCCCUGCUCUUGGCCCGGAGCGGCGGCCGGAGCGUGGAAGGCAUCGCUCUGUCCGAACACAGCGUGCAGGACGUGCUGCAGAUGAUCAGAUAUGAACUGCUGGACAUUUUUCCAGAAAUCACCGUGCCAAAUCUGCCCCAGUACCUGCAGCUGGGAAAACCCUUCCUCAUCCUGUUCAGUGCUGGUGACAUCAGUCAGGUGGAAAGUGAGGAAAUGCUGAAGCUGGCAAAAGGAAGACCCCAGCAGACAUUUGUGGUUUGCUGGUUGAACCUGAAGAAGACUCCAGUGGGAUAUGGGAUCCUGAGGACACACUUCUCCACCACUCCUCCCUUGCCCCUUCUCCUCUGGGUGAACCUCCAUGCUGGGGGUCAGGUGUUCAAGUUCCCCUCAGAGCAGCCCAUCACUGAGAUGAACAUCUUGCUGUGGCUGGAGAAGCUCCAAGCAGGACUGGAGAUUCCCAGCAGUACCUUGUCUGAGGAGGACUGGAGGCCACCACUCCCUGCCUACGACUUCCUCCAGAUGAUGGAGCCAUCGGUGCCCGAGCUGUCCCCGCAGCCCGGGGACUCCCCGGCACAGCAGCCGCCCAAAAGCCCCGGAGGGGACACGGCAGGAGGGGACAGCGGCACCCGGGAGGAGCCAUCCCAGGAGGGCACAGCGGAGGAAGGCGGUGUCCCUGGGAGGGGCCUGCGGGGGACGGCCCCGAGGAUGGCAGCGAGGGACAAGCAGGGCAGGAGGCACAGCGAGCUGUGAGAGCCGGGCUGGGGAAAGGGGUGGGACUGCCCUGCACAGCCUGGCACUGUCCCUGCCUUUUCUCCAAGGAGAGAAGAGGUUUGGCUGUCAAGGAAUGGUGAAAGGAGAGGCCACUCCUGCUGCUCAGCGCUGGGGGUGUCUGUACAUCCCACUUGUUGUGCCCUGGCUGCUCUUGGGAGCUCAUCAAGCAACAAGCUACACUGGAAAGGAC